AUCUAUUACAAUGGACGCAGUUCCGUCUAAAUCCAAACAAUAGAAGGAACAAAAAUGGAAGUAGAAAGCGAAGCCGAGUGGGGCGAGUUGACUCGUGAGUGCCUCAUCAACAUCCUAUCUCGACUCAGCUUUGAAGAUCAAUGGCGCGGUUCGUUGCUUGUUUGCAAAUCAUGGUUCAACGCCUUCAAGGAAGAACCAUCUCUUCACUCUGUAUUCAACCUCGAUCCUUACUUCGACAAGCCACUCGAAUCACCUCGCUGGUGGACCCUCCAAUUCGAAUCUCAAAUUGAUUCCAUGCUUCGUUCUAUCGUUCAAUGGACUCAUAUCUUCCUCACCCAGAUUCGUAUUCGACACUGCUCUGAUCGCUCUCUCGCUCUUGUUGCCCAAAGAUGUCCAAAUCUUGAGGUGUUGUCAAUCAGAAGCUGCCCUCGUGUUACUGAUGAUUCUAUGUCUAAAAUUGCUACUGGGUGUCCAAAUUUAAGGGAAUUGGAUAUCAGCUAUUGUUAUGAGAUAACUCAUGAGUCGUUGGUGCUGAUUGGAAGAAAUUGCUCCAACAUUAAAGUUCUCAAGAGAAAUCUCAUGAAUUGGCUUGAUCCAUCCCAGCACGUAGGGAUUGUUCCCGAUGAUUAUCUAAAUGCUUGUCCGCAAGAUGGAGAUUCUGAAGCUGCUGCUAUUGCUAAUUCUAUGCCUCAUCUAGAGGGGCUAGAGAUUAGGUUCUCCAAGUUAACGGCCAAAGGCCUCAAUUCCAUAUGUCAGGGGUGUCCUAACCUUGAGUUCUUGGAUUUGUCUGGGUGUGCUAACUUAACUAGUCGAGACAUUGCAAAAGCCUCAUCCAGUUUGUCGCACUUGAAAGACAUUAAAAAGCCAAAUUUCUACAUUCCAAGGUCUGUCUUUCACACUGAAAGGUAUGGACAUUGGAGUCUAUAUGAUGAGAGGUUUCAAACCGAUGUUUUCAGAAUCUGACCGUUAAUAAGAAGAUUAUCCAAUAUGAAUAGUGUGAGUCCACCACCCCAUCUUCUUUCUACUAGUCUGUGCAGAUCUUAAUUGCAUUUCUAUGGUUAUUGAUCCACACAAACAUAUCUUAUAGAAGUUGUGAUCUUUGUCUUUGUAAUUCAUAUUCUAUGUUGUUUGUUUUCCUUGUAUCUGUAAUGUAUAUGUGUAAAAGAUCAUUGUCUCAAGUCCAUAAUGGAUUUACCUAAUAAUAUUCCAAUUAGUUCUCUUUGC